GACAAGAUAAGAUUCAAAGAAUGUCGUCUGAUGGAUACAAGUAUUUGUUCGCUCCGUACAACUGUUUUUCAUGAGCGUAACAGAGAGGAAGUCGCGACUUGCUCAUGACACAUGCCGUUAAAGUUCCAUGAAAUCAAGCCACGAGCCGCGACACGGUAAACGUACUUCAGCCGAGGGCGCCCUACAUUUCCUUCUUCAUCAUUGGUUACUGCGAAUAUUAUCUUACUGCUCAUCGGUAGCGACGCUGUGCGUUGGUAUACUUAUCGACUGGAGUCACUCAUAUACACUUUUGCGACACUGGAAGGCCGUCUUACAAUACGCUCUCUGGCAGACAUCUUACUCGGCUCUCGUCACAGGAUCAUCUGAAGUUAUACGCUACUAUAUUUACCAUUCCCACCAUAUUGUUACUCGGGUUCGACUAAGCUGUUGAGAACAUGCCGAAUUUCAGUCACUUAUAGUGCUUAUUAACACCCGGCCUACUUUAGCCGGCUUCAAUAUGAAUGAGCAGCAGCGUGGCUCUAGUGCCUUCGAAAGAUCUUCGGACUGUACCGGCAUCUCGAAAAAUCAACACGUGGAAUCCGAGAGAAGACCAUCAUGGCGUGGAAGAGGAUCAGAAAGCCCUGCUCUGCGACGACAGUCCUCAUCAAGAACAAGAUCUUUCGUACGAGCACCAGAGCACAAACAAUGGUGGAAGUUUACCUUGAGGCCUUGGGACGAUGACCAAGAGCAGGACUGGUGGUUCGCCGGCACAGCAAUUCCGCUACUCGCUGCUACCAUUGGUCCUCUCGCCAAUGUUUUAUCCAUUGCUGCCCUGGUCACCCCAUGGCGCAUGUGUUUACUCGACGGUGUCGACGCAGCUAGUUGCCCAUGGGACGGGGUAAGUGAGCUACUCCUGGAUCUUGAUGGACAUACUUUCUCCGAUCCCCAUUGGUGCUAUGCACUCAACAUAUUCUCCCUUGCGCUAGGGUUUACUGGAAACAUAUUCUUGCUUUUCAACUUUACAAAUCGCAUUCGAUACAUUGUCGCGCUUCCAUUCACAAUAAUUUUGUGGUACGCUGCCACCGGAAUUUUGAUUGGAAUUGAGGUUUCUAUGAAUCAAUAUGUACCCCCUCAAGAGCCACAGCAGAGCUAUACACAAGGCUUUUGGUACGCUGUCAUUGCCGCAGUGCUUUACCUGAUAUGCUCUAUGCUGCUCAUGGUCAAUAUGCUUGGCUACUUCCUCGGUCAUUACCCGCAACGUUUUAACCUCACAAAUUCACAGCGGACGCUCAUUUUACAAACCAUGCUGUUCUUUGUAUGGCUUGCUGGAGGCGCUGGUGUGUUCUCGCUGGUCGAAAGCAAAUAUGGAGAGGAUCUCUUCAACUGGUCGUAUGUCAACGCACUGUACUUCUGUCAGGUCACUGUCUUGACAAUCGGCUUUGGCGAUCUUUACGCAUCUAGCAAUAUCGGUCGUGGACUAAUCAUGCCGUAUGCAGUUGGUGGUAUCAUCAUGCUCGGUCUGAUCGUGACCAGUCUUACGACGUUCGCGGCCGAGCUUGGAGAAGACAACAUAGUCCAGAAGCACAUCGAGAGGAGCCGGACGCGAACGAUAGGAAGGUCUUACACUAGCUCUAUCGAACUGAGAGACCGCGAACAACUAGGACUGGGACUACAUCCAACCAUAUCAAGGCCGUUCGAUCCGGUGAAUCGCAGUAUAGCGUUCGCAGAACAUACCUCACAGUCAAAAGACGACGAACCGAGCCAAGGAGCCUUCAGCGUUCUUAAACGUACCGCAACAAUACCCUUGACCGCACUUCGACCAGCCCGCAAGCCACGUCUCUUACUCCUGCGAGAAGAAAAAGACAGAUUCAACGCCAUGCGAAAGAUACAAAGCGCAACCCUGAAAUGGAAGAAAUGGUCUGGCCUCUGCGUUUCAGUUGCAGCCUUUGCAAUCUUGUGGUGUAUUGGAGCUCUUAUCUUUUGGAUCGCUGAAAGACGCGUACAGGGAAUCACCUACUUCCAGUCUCUGUAUCUCUGCUGGGUGUCUCUUUUGACUGUCGGUUACGGCGAUCUAGCUCCAAAGUCGAAUGCCGGACGUCCCUUCUUCGUCGUCUGGAGUCUGAUCGCAGUGCCGACUAUGACACUCUUGGUAGCAGACAUGUCGACCACAAUAGUCAACAGUUUCAACCAAGGCGCUUUCCGCCUAGCCGAUUUCACCAUCCUCCCCAAAGCGGGCAUCUGGCGCACCUUGAUCCCACAACUAGCGCCUUGGAUCCAAGCCCACAAAGAGCGCAAAGCUGCUCGCCAUCGCCUGCAACGAGGUUUUGAAACCGGCGGCGCUGAAGAGGAACCCACUAUCGACAACCUCGCCAAGGAACAGGGAAGCAAAGCACCUAGUGAUGGCGAACUCGCUCGCAGACUCGCACAUGCUAUCCAGCGUACAGCCAAGGAUCUUCAAGACAACCCACCACGUCGCUACACAUACGAGGAAUGGGUGCAAUUUACCCAACUAAUCCGUUUCACCGCUGCAGGUGAGAGAGAGGAAGGAGGAAAUAGAUAUGAAGCCGAUCAAGAUGGUCUGAUAGAAUGGGAUUGGAUAGGCGAGCACAGUCCACUAAUGGCUCAACAAAGCGAGGCGGCAUUCGUGCUGGACAGAUUAUGUGAGAGUAUGGCGAGGUAUGUGAGGAAGAUGGAAGGGAUUUAUGGUGGGGACCGCGGGAAUAAAGACCGCGAUGAUGAUAUUGUGAGGAUGCAAUCACUAGAUAUUCAGGAGCUGGAUGAACAGAUUGCGGAAGCUUGAGAACCAUAGAGAUGAUUUUCAUGAACACUUUGACGAGCUCAACCGCGCAUCUUCUUGCGCAGUAAGGUCAUGAGCAACCAGGGCAAGGACUAUACGGAAACCGAGAAUCAUCGAGCAAGGACCGUAUCAAUUCGUAAAUCCAAAGCUAGAUGUGCCUUUUUCUCCCGUAAACCAAAAACAUAAAAAACUCCUCCC